GUGCGAAAAAUAAAGCUUUGCCAAAAUCAUUCCACAGCUGUUCCGCUAUAGAUCGGUUGAUUAUCGAGCCAUGAGUAAUAUAAUUAGUGAGGAAAAAUUGCGGGAAUACCACGAGGUAUCCGUGGAAUUGGUCCGAAAGUGUGGUCCCCUCUUCCUGGAGGGUUUCCAGAAGCCAAAAGCUGACUAUGAAGUCAAGUCGGCUUUCUACGAUUUGGUCACUGUGUACGACAAGCAAAUUGAAGCAACACUUUCCGAGGGUCUGCUCAAGGCCUUUCCAGAAUCGCAGAUAAUCGGCGAAGAAGCUUUGGCCCAUGCCAAAAUGCAACCCGAACUAACCGGCCCCACCUGGAUCAUAGAUCCCAUCGAUGGCACUAAUAACUAUGUCCGGAGGAUUCCCCAUUGCUGCAUUUCUGUGGGAUUGGCUAUCAACAAGGAGCUAGUCGUUGGCAUUGUCUAUAAUCCGGCAGCAAACGAGUUGUAUUCCGCUUGGCAAGGUCAUGGAGCUUUUCUAAAUGGCCAACCCAUUAGGACGUCAUCCGACGUAACAACGAUAAACCAAGCUGUGGUGGGCUACGAGAUCUCCCUAAUCGUGGUGGACAAGGCACGCGACAGCAAUGUGAAGCGUCUGUACAAGCUGGCCUCGAAUGCCACUGGCACUCGCAGCUUUGGAUGUGCAGCGCUUACGUUAUGCUAUAUAGCCUCUGGCCGUUGCGAUGCCUAUCAUGUGGAGAAUCUAAAACCUUGGGAUCUGGCCGGCGGUGCCCUAAUUCUCAGAGAAGCCGGUGGAUUUGUUUACCAUACUAGCGGUGGAAGAUUCGACGUGAUGAAACCCGAUUGCGUGUGCACUUGCUCCGAAGAAUUGGCCAAAAAUGUGAUUCAAUUAAUAGAGGAAGCUGAUGCGAUUAAGGGUUAUACAUUUGAAUGAUUAAAAAAUUUGAUAUUUAUAAGAUAUAUAUACAAAGCAACAUGAACUAGGCUAUUCUUUAGCAACAAAGAUCUGAAAUCUAAAGACAUUUGUGAUACAUCACGUUAAGUUUCUCUAUUAACUUCAAGGUCAGAAAAGUGGCGGUGAGAUUCAAAGAUAUAACUAUAUGUAUUAAAUUUUAAUAAGAUUGCGAGGUUUAGAGCGUUAGUUUAUAAAGUGAAGAAACCCUUUCAAAGGUCAUCAAAUAAAGCCUAUUGUAAAAUGA